GCCUUGUGCUUUUUCAAACUCAAGGUCGACGGGUAUUUUCCCUCUUCACGCAAGAUAUAUACCCAUCCUUCAAGUGUACUUUGAUUUUAAUUUUUCAGAACCUUCUUUCGUAUAUUGAAAUCUUCCACCGCAUGAAUUUUGAGUAUACAAAUGGAGACCUUAUAUUACGGUCAACUAAUACCUCUUCAAAGUUCGAUAAAACUUUGAAUUCCUUAUGGACUCUCGCUUAUGAAUCCAAUUACUUUCAUUACAAAAUUGAUACAUCGUUGAGUUCAGUAAAGAAAAUUUGUUCUGGAAAUGUAAAUAUUUUGAUUUUACCUAACAAUAAUCGAUUCAGCCAUCGGCGUAAACCACAACUAUUUAAGACCAUUAGUGAUCCACUUUCGUCCGAAUCCUUCAAUUUUAACAAAGUCCCAGAACAUGAAUUCUUGUUAAAUGUUUCUGAAAAGUAUACCACAAAAUCAUGUUCUAUACUGAUAAAUGUCAGUCCAUUUUCAUAUUUACAUUCUCUCUUGGUUCCGGAAGUAGAAAAAUGCCACAAUCAGUUCCUUGGAAAAGACUCCUUUUACUCAGUAAUCAAGUGUUUUCUUUUGAGUAGCAACAGAUAUUUGUGUAUGGGCUUCAAUAGUCUGUUGGCUCAUGCCUCUGUAAACCACUUACAUCUCCACUUAUGGCAAUCACCAGAAUACUUACGAGCUAUGUCCACAGAUAUUAAAUUGAAAUAUGAAAAUUCACUUUACUAUGAACUGGUUAAUCAUCCCGUAGAUAAUUUUGUUCUUGAAUUAACCGAUUUGACAGAACUGGAUCGGUUUGUGAACUAUUCAUGGAUAGUAAUCUCAUCUUGUCAACAUCUACAAAUUGCUCACAAUGUAUUUGUAGCACGUUCCAAAUCCACUGGCUGUGUACGUGUUGUUGUCUGGCCGCGUUGCUCAGUUUUUGAAGUAAAGAACCUAUCUACAAUUGAUUCAGAACCCAGUUUUUAUGUCGCUGUUGCCGAACUCGCCGGAAUGAUGGUUGUUGCUAGUGAAGAUGUUGCCUGUACGUUGAACUUUGAUAAAGUAGAAACUAUCUUGCGUAGCGAACGUCUACCCAGAGGCACCAUCCAUGCCCUCGAAUGCAAAGUAUUCGAAACUGUAAGUAUCCAAGAAGCGUAACUAAGAUCAGAUUAACUUAUUUUGAAAAGUAUCCACAAACGUGCACCUCACACUUUUACUAUUCUGAUUCCAUUUACUGUCCAAAUUUUGUUAUACAAUGUAACAAAACCGGGAAUUUGUUACUUUGAUAUUGUUUACUUUACCUGCUUUUACUUUCAUUACAUCCCCACUUUUGAAUGAUCAAGAAGGCUUCCCUCUCCACAAAUUGUACUCAUUAGUUGAACUCCUUACGACAGCUCCAUGCCAUGCUAAUUACCAUUUUUAAGUAAAUACAUUACCAGCAUGAACAUACUUUACACAGAUUCCGUUUAUAUGGAGAGUGGUGUUUCCUAAUUAAACACUGUUCGUACAGA